UGAUUUGUUUCUUUUAUCAGAUAAAUUCGACCAGUUCUGGGCCAUGAAUCGUAAACUCAUGGAGUAUCCCACUGAAGACGGCGGCUUCCGCUAUAUUCCCUUCAGGAUAUAUCAGACGACGAGUGACCGGCCGUUCAUCCAGAAGCUCUUCCGGCCCGUGUCUGCCGAGGGACACGCUCUUACACUGGGGGACCUUCUGAAGGAGCUGUUUCCCUCCAGCAUAUGUGCGGAAGACGAGCCGAAGAGGUUCCAGGUGAUGGUUCACGGGAUCGAGCCGCUCCUGGAGACACCGAUGCAGUGGCUGAGCGAACACCUGAGCCACCCGGACAACUUCCUGCACAUCAGCGUCAUCCCGGCGCCCAGCGACUGACACACACACACACACACACUCCUGAUCUCUCAUCGAGAAGCCUUCCUGAGAGACGGUGCUCAUCCCACAUUAACUCUCCCGUUCCCACUCUCGAAUCCCACUAACACACGCUUAGACUCGCACAUCUGUGAUUAUGAUCA